AGGUGGACGCAUGCCACCGUGGCAUGCCUUCGUCUUUGACAAAUGGAAAGAAAGGGGUAAAACAUAAGAAAAGAAAGAUGGGGAUGAAAUGUGAAAUCUCAAAAAGAAUGAGGACUAGAUAUUUGUAGGAGCCCUGUCUCUCUCUCCGGGUUUUGCAAAGAAAUGGCCGUUGUGAUUGUAUGCUUUUCAUGCACCAUAACCAGAAUUGGGCCCCUGUUCUCACAACGGCUACUUCUUCUUCUUCUCCCUAUAAAUGCUUACCCAUUUCAAAGUUUGCACUUCACUUCCAACUGGUCUGCAAACAGUAAUUCUCUCUGCACACUCUCCCUUCAGAAGCAACAGCCAGGCGAUUUAGCCUUCUAUCCCCAUUUUUCUUACUUGCUACGUUGCUCUUUUCUAUUUCACCACCUCCAUGGCCGCCUCUCGCACAGCUCUUCUCCUCUCUUCUUCAUCUCUGAUCAUCUGCCUCCUCUGCUUCUGCACAGAAGCCAAAGAGAUAACAGUGGGAGGCAAGUCGGACGGCUGGACCAUCCCAAGUUCUGAGUCCGAUUCCCUCAACAAAUGGGCUCAACGCACUCGCUUCCGCAUUGGCGAUUCUCUCGUGUGGAAGUACGACGGGAACAAGGACUCGGUUCUGGAGGUGUCCAAGAAAGCUUACCUCGCCUGCAAUGUCACCGACCCCAUUGCAGAGUACAAAGACGGGAACACCAAGGUGAAGCUGGAGAGAGCCGGCGCGCACUACUUCAUCAGCGGAGCUGAUGGACAUUGCAAGGAAGGUCAGAAGGUGAUCAUCGUCGUCUUGUCUCCCAGAACUGCUGCUGCUGCGUCUCCUGCUCCUUCACCUGGUUCUGCAGAAGAAGACCAGCCGCAGCAGGUUAUGUCUCCUGCUGUUGCGCCCACGACUGGUGCAGCAGCAGCGUCGUCCAGCUUCGGUCUUGUUGCUUGCUUGGGUUCCCUACUGCUGCUUCUCCAAUGCUUCCUGUUUUGAUUCCUCUCGGAAUGAUGGGUGAUGGUUUCUUAGUUUCAGCCCCAGAAUGUCAUGUUUCUUGUGGGAGGGAAGUUAAUUAUUAUUCUUUUGAUUCAUUUGUACUAAAUGAAAAGUCCAUAUCUUCUUGUUCUCUUCUCCUUUUCAAGCAAUGAUCUUGAGAUUCCCUUGGUUUCAUACUGCAACUUCAAAGCUAAGCAAUCCUUAAGAAACACUUCAAAGAUCAUCAAACAUCUUAUCAUGCUGAAUACAAGCUUGAUAGCUGGCCUGCAAGGCCAUUUUAGAAGUCAAGUCAAUUACUCUUCAAUAAGAAUUGUUUGAGUAAACCUAGAGCUAGCUUGAAAUCAAAUGAUCAAGGACUUUUAUAGUUCUCCAACUGCUUAAGAACAUUCAGGCAUAAAUGGCCAUAGCUGCAAUCAUGUCUCCUUGCUUGAACAAGGACAUACAUUCAAAGGUGUCUUAACCCUGGCAAGGGAAGAGUGAUGUCUAUAUGAGAAAUGCCCUUCAGGAUCUUGGCUAUUAGACGUUCUUGUAAACUUUCAUUUCUUACACCAUCAGAAAUUGAAGCAUGAUAUUUCAAGUUAACAAGCAAAACCUUGCAGAAGAAAACAUAGACAAGGGCAAGUGGCCGACUGACCUGGUAAUACAUUUUUCUCUCUCAAGAGACUAAUCUAGAUUAUACGGGAGUAGCCACUGCCCUUCAUUAUCUUAACAAUAUGAGUAAGAAAACUUGUUGAUAAAAUCAUUGCAUCACCAAAAUUGAUGGCCUAGAAAAAAGGUUUCUUGCCUUCAUGUUUGCCACACGAUCAAAUUAGUUUCUGCUUUCUCGCAUCCAAUCCAUAAUCACUGACAAGUACCCAGGAACUCAACAACACUUUCUUGGUUCGAUGAAAUAGAAAAUGUCCAAGAUGAAGUCACUUAACCAUCUGCAAUUCCUCCCCAUUCUAAGAACCAUGGACCCUCGCCAACUUUCAAAUCCACAACAUACCUUUAGAAGUUAGAACCCUCGCAUUAAAAGCAUUUGCAACAAGGUCUCCAGGUGAGGUAACUGGAUGAAAUCAAAUUACAGACACCUUCAAACAAGUUGCAUCUUCAGAGGAAUCCACAUUGUGACCAUUGUAAACCCCUAAUAGUUCCUUUGCAUGAUCUCGAUACAUGAAUACAAACUUUUCCAGAAAUUGUUCACUUGUAUAUAACACAACGGUGUUAAAGUUUGGCUUCUUCUUCAACAGCCCCUUCGAUUCCAUAAUCUCCAGAACUCGAUAUCGAGGAAUAACUCUUUCCUUCAUGCUAUACAUCAAAAGUCCAGGACUACGAACCACCGCCUCCUUUGUCAGAUUCAUGGUGUUCAAAAAGAAAUCAACCCCAGACGUUAACUUCACAUCAGAACACCUCACCACGGCCGGAGCUGUUCUGAACAUUGCAAUGCAUUCUUCCCUCGAAAACCCAAAUCCCUCAAACACGGCAAACUUCCGGUCGAUUGUCGCCUUGCUAUAGCAACUAACAGUACACAACCCAUGUACAAACAUCCUUGAUUUCAUUGAGAACCCGAAAUCCAAAGUCCUCGAAACGAUGCCUCUAAGUUGACAUUCUUUCCUCAGAAAAACCCUAGGCAGCAUCCUCAACAGCAUGGAGAGCUGAGACCCUACAAUGCCACAGCUUCGCAACAAAGCUACGUUUGACAGCAAUCUAGAAUCUGGGUGCUUAAAUAUAAGCAAACUGCAUCUUUCUAUAGCCUUAAGCACGUCCUUCUGAUAAAAAUUUCCUAGCAAAAAAUGAACUCGAGGACGCAGCCUCUUCUCCAGACUAGAUGUUAAAACACCAGCAUUCUUAGAGACAAACUUACCAAGACCAGGACCCUCGAAACCCAGUUUCUGAAACAGCUCCAUCUUGGGUUUAAGGUUAUUGUCAACACCAGCGAACAGAAUCUGAGGAGCCCCACAGACAGUAGAUCGUAUAUGGUCCUGAGAGAAACCGAGGCCGCGUAGAAACGUGAACAAAGCUUGCGCCUUUUGGGAAGACUGGCGAUGGUGGAAUCCAGCCGCAAUGGAGAGGGCUUGAGUUUCAGGGAACUGGAAAUUUGAAACCAGGUAGUCAACUAAAGGAGAGGUUGUACUGGUUGAACUCCCGGCGAGUUUAGAGAACCGGGCAACGGAAAAGGCUCCCACCGGAAUCAAACACCGAUUGCCGAGUCGGGAAGUUAAGAGUACCUUGAGCGAUAACAUUGUGGGUACAAAGUGACGGCGACCGAGCUUCAGCAACCAGGGUCAGCCUCAGAGGCUGAAAAUCACAAUC